AUGAGUGAAGAACGACGUUACCUAUCACAAUUAUAUGUUUUGCCUGCAGUUGAUGCUGUUAAUGCUGGAAAAGGACAGCUGGAAAUCAGUAUUAAUCAGGGAAAAGUACCAAAUAAUGUGCAAAUGCAAGGUGCAGGGCGUUGUUUGGUUACGUUUAUUCCACAGUAUCCCGGCAAAUAUGUUAUCGAUGUGACAUUCAACGACGAACAAGUACAAGGAUGUCCAAUUUGUGUUGAUAUUUUACCGAAGCAGGUUGGUCAAAGUGUUUCAACAUCCGUAAUUUCUCAGCAGACAGCAACAAUCACAUCUUCUUCAUCCUCAGGUUACCAAAGUUUCAAAAUUUGGAUUUCUAAUUGA